AUGAAGCUGUUUGAUGCUCACUGUCACCUCCAAGACAAGAGGAUCAUCGACAAAACCUCUGAGAUCAUAUCUGCUGCUUUAGCUGUCGGUGUUUCCAACUUUGCAGUCAAUGGAACCUCUGAGAAAGAUUGGGAGUUGGUGAAAGAGAUGGGAGAGAUGUAUCCUUCUGUUGUUCCUUGCUUUGGACUCCAUCCUUGGUUUAUUGCAGAUAGGAGCCCUCAUUGGCUUAACACAUUGAGGAAGUUCUUUGAGACCACUCCUACCGCUGCUGUUGGAGAAAUUGGUUUGGACAAGAGCCCUUUGGCAGCAGGGAUUGAUUACUCAGACCAGCUUGUCGUGUUCCGUCCACAGCUUGAACUUGCAAAAGAACUGAACAAACCAGUAGCUGUUCAUUGCAUCGAUGCAUUUGAUGAUCUCCUCGAGAUAAUGAGAGCUGUAGGGCCUUUUCCUGCGGGUGUGAUUCUUCAUUCAUUCAAUGGUACAGCUGAAGUUGUCCCUGAACUUGCAGAGCUUGGUGCAUUCUUCUCCUUUUCUGGCUGGUUCACUUACAUUGAUGAGAAGAUCGCAAAGCGCACUUUGAAAUCGAUUCCUUCCGAUAGGUUCUUAUUGGAGACAGAUUCACCUGACGGAUUACCAAAAUCAGAUGAGAGUUCUUCGGAUCCUAAACCAACUCUCAAUGAGCCUGCAAACAUUCUUGCGGUACUAGAUUAUGUUGCGAACCUGUCAAACAUGAAGAAAGAAGAUCUCGCGGAGUUAACUUAUGGAAACACUGUGAGGUUGUUCUCUUAUCCUGGUUCUAAAUUGCCUACACACCAGUAA